UUCAUAAACCAUUAAAAAAUAUGAAAAAAAUAUUAAUAAUUGUAUUUUUGACUGUUCUGAUUAGUUUGAUUAAUAUUGUAUUGUCUGUACCAACCGAAAAAGAUGAAAAUCGAAUGUCUGAAAUUAGUAAUUCAGAUGUUGAUCUAAAGGAAGGUUUGCAUGAACGUAAUAAGCGAUGGACAUGCAACCGGUUUACUGGGGAUAUGUUUUGUGGAUGGCCGAGAUGUUCUUGUGGUGGAGCCUGUUAUGGAGUAACAUGUACUUGCCAACGUUGUGGGCAACACAGGCCUUGGAGCAUUAAUGAUUUGGGUGGAUUAUUGCGUUUUAGAGGAUAA